AUGUCUCAUCUAAUCCAUUUAACUAUUAAAUUUUUAUUUUUAUUUAUAUCUCAUAUCCAUUCAUGUCAAUGGUCACCUACACAAUGUGGUUGUGCUCAAACAUCACCAUCAACACAUCAUCGUAUUGUUGGUGGUACACAAGCGAUACCACAUAGUUGGCCAUGGAUAGUCAGUGUUCGAAAAUAUGGUGGCCAUAUAUGCGGUGGAGUUCUAAUAAGCAAUCGACAUAUAUUAACAGCUGCACAUUGUUUUCCUUCGUAUCAUCCAAGUAACAAUAAAGAUUAUUCCUUUGCAAUGGGUCAUCAUAAUAUACAAGAAAAAUAUUUUGUUUCCAAAGCAAAACAUAUUAUACGUCAUGCUGCAUAUAAUACCAAUGGAAAGAAUAUAAAUGAUAUAGCACUUGUUGAACUUAAUCAAACAGUUGAUUUUAAUAAUAGUCGAUUUGGUUUUAUAUGUCUUCCAUUAAAACAUAUCAAUAAUGAUGAAACUUAUCCAUCAAUAGGAAAAGAAACAUGGGUAGUAGGAUGGGGUACGACACAAUUUCAAGGUCAUGUUUCUCAAGUAUUAAUGCAAGUUGCAGUACCAAUCACAACUAAUAAAGGAUGUCAAGAAAAAGUUACUGAACCAUCAAAACAAAUAUGUGCAGGAUAUGAUAAAGGUGGUAAAGAUUCAUGUCAAGGUGAUUCUGGUGGACCACUUGUAAUUGAUAUUGGACAUGGAGUAUUUGAACUGAUUGGACUUGUUUCAUUUGGUGUAGGAUGUGCUAAAUUUAUGAAACCGGGUAUAUAUACUCGAGUAAGUGGUUAUGUUGAUUGGAUCGAUACUUUAACAAAAUCGACAAAACCAGAAUUAAUUUCCAAUGAAAUAUCAAUACCAGAGCCUUUAUUAAGUUCAAAACUAAAUUAUCAAAAACUAUCAUAUAUACUUAUUUUUAUCGAAAUUUUAUUGUUAAUUUAA